AUGCACAGCUUCGUCGUGCACCAGUCGACCAUGGCCGACUGCAUCAAGGCCAAGGCCCUCGUGGACUGGAUCUACUGGACCCAAACCGACCCGGCCGCCCUCGCCCUCGCCCAGCAGCCACACACGCCCACGCACGCACCAACCUCGGCCUAUAGGAAUUUCCAGGGCGUGGCAGGGCAAUCGUCCCCGGUGCGCAAGCGGCUGAUUGACUUCGUGGCGGGCAUGACGUGCGACGGCGUGGCGGUGAGCUCCGUCUACGGCUGCAUCUACCAGAGCACUAUCUGCGCCGACCACGGCGCGUGCGCCGACGGCGCCUGCCUCUGCUCGACCGGCUACGAGGGCGAGUUCUGCCAGUUCGCCGUGUCGUCGAGCGACACAUCGCUGGCGCCGAUUCUCGGCUCCGUCAUCCCGGCCGUGGUGCUGGCGCUGCUGGUCAUGUGCUGCGUGGUGGCGGCGCUGCUGGUGUGCCUCCGGCUGCGACGCGCCAAGGAGGACGAGUGGGAGGUGGAGAUCAGCGAGCUGGAGAUGGGCGAGCAGCUCGGGGCCGGCGGCUACGGCGAGGUGCACAAGGCCGUGUGGAAGGGCACCGAGGUCGCCGUCAAGAUGAUGGUCUCCGAGCACCCGUCGCGCGAGCUCGAGCGCAGCUUCAAGGAGGAGGUGCGAGUGAUGACGGCGCUGAGGCAUCCCAACGUGGUGCUGUUCAUGGCGGCCUGCACCAAGCCCCCCAAGAUGUGUAUCGUCAUGGAGUUCAUGGCCCUCGGCUCACUCUUCGACUUGCUGCACAACGAGCUGAUUCCGGACAUCCCGUUCGCGCUGCGCAACAAGAUGGCCUACCAGGCGGCCAAGGGCAUGCACUUCCUCCACUCGUCCGGCAUCGUCCAUCGCGAUCUCAAGUCGCUCAAUUUGCUCCUCGACUCCAAGUGGAACGUCAAGGUGAGCGACUUUGGUCUCACCAAGUUCAAGGAGGAGAUGAAGCGCGGCGGAGCGGCAAAGGAGAUCCAGGGCAGCGUGCACUGGGCCGCGCCCGAGAUCCUGAACGAGGCCAUGGACGUCGACUACAUGAUGGCCGACGUCUAUUCGUUCGGCAUCAUCCUGUGGGAGCUCACCACCCGCCAGCAGCCCUACAUGGGCAUGAGCCCGGCGGCGGUUGCCGUGGCGGUCAUCAGGGACAACGCGCGGCCGCCGCUGCCUGACACCAACGACGCCGUCGGUCUGACGGCCGAGUUCUUGGACCUCAUUCGCACCUGCUGGCACUUUGACGCCACCAUCCGCCCCACCUUCCUGGAGAUAAUGACGAGGCUGAGCGGACUGGGCGGAGAGGGAGGCACGUCAUCGAUGACCAAGACGUCGACGUCGUCAUCGUCGGGCGUCGGCGGUGACCGCUUCGGGUCGUGGACUUCGCCCACCGGCCACUCCAACACCAGCAGCUCGGGCUCUUCCAAGUCCGAUGCGGAUCGCGACGCGGCGAUGGCCGGCACGGUGCACGCGCCGGACGGCGAGAUGGCGAUCGUUUUCUCCGACAUCACGCGCGCCGCCUCGCUCUGGGAGUUCAACGCCGAGGCGAUGCGCGACGCCACCAUCCUCCACAACGCCCUGCUGCGCUCCCUUCUCAAGAAGCACCGCGGGUACGAGGUGGUGUUCAUCCGCGACCGCAACAGCGGCGAGGGCUCGUUCUGCAUGGCCUUCCAGGACACCGCCGACGCGCUCGAGUGGUGCAUGGAGGCCCAGCAGGAGCUCAUCAAGCUGCCUUGGCCCGACGCGCUGCUCGACCACCCCGGCGCUGCCGAGGAGUGGGGCGACCUCGACGACCGGGUGCUGUUCAAGGGCCUCCGCGUGCGCAUGGGCGUGCACGUCGGCUCGCCCCGAAUGGUGCGCGACCCGAUGACGCGCCGCGUCGAGUACAUCGGCCCCGUUAUCAACGCCGCGGCCCGCAUCACGGCCAUGACCCACGGCGGCCAGAUCCUGGUGUCCGGCGCCGCCUACGCCAAGGUGCAGGACGGCGACAUGGCCCGGGAGCCCAAGCGCGUCGUGUGUCUGGGCAAGUUCGAGAUGCCCGACGCCCCGCGCGGCGCCCGGCUGUACGAGCUCAAGCCCCGUGCGCUCGAGGGACGCUUCUUCGGCGGCAUCUCGCGCGACCCGCCCAACAAGGAGUCCGACCACACCAGCUCGUCACCGCGCUCCGGCCGCAGCGCCGAGGGCAAGGGCAAGGGCAAGAAUGAAGGCGGCGACGGCUCGGCGCGGUCGAGCGAUGAGGAGGUGCAGGCGGUGGUGGGCGAAGGCAUGAUGUUCCAGGAGGACCGGUUCCUGACGUCGGCCAACCUGUGUCGCUGGGUGAUCGACUUCAACGAGAUCGCGCUCGGGCGGCAGGUCGGGCUGGGCUCCUACGGCGUGGUGUUCCGCGGCAAGUGGAAGGGCGUCGACGUGGCGGUGAAGCGAUUCAUCAAGCAGAAGCUCGACGAGCGCCGCAUGCUCGAGUUCCGCGCCGAGAUGGCCCUCCUGGCCGAGCUCCACCACCCCAACAUCGUCCUCUUUAUUGGUGCGUGCGUGAAGAGGCCCAAUCUGUGCAUUGUGACGGAGUUCGUCAAGAACGGCUGCCUGCGCGAGAUGCUGAACGACAGCGCCACGAAGCUGACGUGGCAUCAGAAGGUGAAGCUGCUGCACUCGGCGGCGCUCGGCAUCAACUACCUGCACUCGCUGCACCCGAUGAUCGUGCACCGCGACCUCAAGCCCUCCAAUCUGCUCGUCGACGAGAACUGGAACGUGAAGGUGGCCGACUUCGGGUUCGCGCGCAUCAAGGAAGAGAACGCCACCAUGACCCGCUGCGGCACCCCCUGCUGGACCGCGCCGGAGGUGAUCAGGGGGGAGAAGUACUCGGAGAAGGCGGACGUGUUCUCGUUCGGCAUCAUCAUGUGGGAGGUGCUCACGCGCAAGCAGCCUUUCGCUGGGCGCAACUUCAUGGGCGUGUCGCUCGACGUGCUCGAGGGCCGACGGCCAGCGGUGCCGAACGACUGCGGCCAGGCCUUCAAGAAGCUGAUGAAGAAGUGCUGGCACGCAGAGGCGGGCAAGAGGCCCGCCAUGGAGGACGUCGUCGCCCAGCUGGACCGCAUGGUCGGCAACGAUGCCGGCGAUGGCAAGGCUUCAGUGUAA